AUGAUAUCUGAUAAUAAGUUAAUUAAUCUCAACGAAGAAGUAAAAUUGAUUUAUGGUGUUAUUUAUUCAUUAAGAAAUUUUGUUAAGAAACUUACUGGAAGUCAAAAUGGUGGUUUUUUUAUCUAA